UUACGUGCCGGGCUCUUGUUCUCAGGCGCUCACACGAGGCGCGAGACAACACGCGCUCCGCCGACUGAGCUCACUCGAAAGGCUCGCGCCCUCUAGUGCCUUUUUUUUUUGCCCUAGGCAACGUCGACACGUGGGGACCGCCAGUCUUCCUCCCCACAUCCCCGAUGGCGGGUUGGGGAAAGUUAUAUUUCUGUCUUUCUACUUAUAGGUUUACGGAAUGGGGGGGGGGGUUUGAGACGAAUUAAUGGGGGCAGAUCUGGGCGCAGCCCUUCAUCAGGCUCAAGACAGAAAAAACGUGGUCAUGUGAACUCCUGGCCUUGGGGGUGUUUUAGUGAUGAAGCGUUCAAGGAUUGGUCUUCCAUUCUUGUGCAGGUUUUAUCUCGAAACAUCAGACCCGUGUUUGGCGUUCACAGCCCAAUGGUAGACUCGCUCUGCUGGUGAACUAGUUCUAUUCGUGGGUGGGCCGGUUCACAUGUUACAUGUUGGCAAGCAUUUUACCAGUGUCUCCAUCUUGUCAGUUUUUUGACUGCUAGUUUGAUAUAAUCAGUUGUUUAUUUUUAUGCUACCGUUUGUAUUCUCUGAAAGCAUGACCGGUUUUGUCAUAGUCAUCCCUUGGUCUGUUAGGUCAUUGCAUCACACACCCUUUAGACAAUUGCUAAUGGUGUGACCUUGAUUCCAUUUGCUCAUGCUAGCUGCAACAUUUAGGGUUUUGAAACAGAUGUGUAGUUCAGUAUAUUAAUGGCCCAAUCUCAGAGUUUGAAAAGGAGGUGAUUCCUGACAUGUGUUGCACUCUGUUUCCUGAAUUAUGUCAUCUGUGCAAAACAGCUGAAAAUAUGCACCUUUGCUUCCUAGUCAGGUAACUCUUAACAGUUGUGGGUAGUACAAAUGGUAUAAAAAUGCCCAGACAGGUGAGUGUUCUUUUACUAUCAGCUGGGGUGAUGGAAAAUGCAAUCCAUCUUCAAAAUUCAUUUGUCUGUUACCCAGUUCCCUGUCUUGUACAGUUACAUUGUGCACUCUUGUUAACUUAUAGAUGACUAGGCAAGUUGGGACAUGUUAAUAAUUUUCAAUAUUACUGUGAAGCAGCUUUCCAUAUAUCUUAUUUGCUUGUUGUUGGAAGCCAUUGCAACAAAUGGAAAUCCCUAGCUUUUUUGCUAUGCUUUAGGAAAACUCGCUCAUAUUCACUGCUUCUGCAUCUAGCGUUUCCACCUUAACAGUUUCUCCCAUCUUCUUAUUAGUAGCACAACCCCUCAUAAAUAACAUUCUCAAAUAUAUUUCCUGCUGCUCUCCUCCAUUUCCAGGGGUUUCAUUGGUUAGGACUCAAACAAGCAAUUCCAAGCAGAAUCCCAUUACAGGCUUUUGAGGUUAAUGUUCUGGUGGCCUGAUGGUGAGCUUUUUCCAUUGCUUUUAAACUAGAGUGAAAAGCACACCACUCCUGCAAAUCUUUAGUACAGUCAUAACAGAAGAGGGAGCCUUUGGAGUAGCAUUUGUAGUGGUAGUUCAUUGGAUGGGGGCAAUAGAUUAGAAGGAAUUAAUGCAUCCUUAUGCUGUUUUUGAACACGGAGGUGGGGGUGUGUGCGAUGCUGGUAGCUUUAUUACUAAUCAUAUUUAGAUUUUGAAGAGCCAGCAGCUGCUAAUUGUGUAACUCUUCUUAGAAGAGCUUUCGGACCAGUAGGCAGUUCUGAGAACUACUAUGGUGAGAGUAUUCCUUGGAGAGCUCUUUACUGUGAAUAAUAAAUGGGAAUUGACGUUUUAUUUCUCUCGUAAAUCAAGCUGAACUUGAUUCAAGUACCUCUAUUGUGAUCAAGGGAACAGUGUGGCACCCAUGUGCGAGACUGGGGCAAGAAUUGUGCUUUCAAGAAAAGAAGAAAGGUGGUUCUGUGCCAAAUUCAGCAGCAGCUGUUCAAAUCUUGUUUGUAAGUAACAAGUGAAACUUUCCAGGGUUGCCAUGGUAUGCUGUUACAAUUUCACAUAAUCGUUCUGUGGCAUACUGUAGCUAUUGUUUUGGCAGUGGGCCAUAUUUGCACCAGAGCUAUAGCUAAUCUCUUAAAAGCCCAGUUAUGAAGAUGUGUGGAAGAAAGUGCUGUUGAGAGCAUCCUGGUAUUGCUCUGGACCCAUAAUAAUAUUGAAGACAGGGAGAUGUUCAGAUACCUUGAUAUGAUUCUAUGCUUUUGAUGUCCCAAAAUUAUUUAGGCAGAAUGUGAACUGAUUAGAUGAUGAGAGAGGAAGGAGGAGGUUGUAUGGUGUUUGAUUCAAAGUUUGAAACAACACACUUACCUAGGAGCAAGCCCUGUUGAACAUGUAUAAUAUGUAUAAAAGCGUGUUCUGUGUAUUUUUUUAGGGUGUGCUUUUUUGUCCUGAUGCCUUUUUUAUAAGGUGGUUUAAAUUAUUUAGUUAGUUUAUAUCCCACUCUUCUUCCCAAAGGAGCAUAGGAUGGCAAACAGUAAGUGUUAAAACAAUAAAAAAUAAUUCCAAUAUGGAUUCGGACAGCGAAAUAUCUCAAUUUAAAAGGCAGGUUGAAAGAGGAAGGUCUUGAGUGGGCAUCCAAAAGACAACAGAGACAGCUCCUGUCUGGUAUUCAAGGGGAGGGAAUUCCUAAGGGUAAGUGUCACUGCACUAAAGACCUCCUGAUGAGAUGGUAUUUGCAGGAGGCUCUCCCUUGCAUAGUACAGUGAUCAUUUGGGUACAUAAGAGAGGUAUCCUGCUCUUAAGACAGUUGGUUGCCUUUUAAUGUUGCAUCAAAAAUUAUCACUUGAAGUGGACCAUUUCCCUUCACCAUAGGGCCUUUCCUUCAUGGAUCUAUUUCGAUUGAAUUUUUAACUACCAGUAGGUUGGAUGAGCCUCCUAGGGAAGAUCUAUAUAGGAAUGGUUCUGGAGAGGGGAUAGACCAGGGAUCCCCAAACUAAGGCCCAGGGGCCGGAUGCGGCCCAAUCGCCUUCUAAAUCCAGCCCGCGGACGGUUCAGGAAUCAGCAUGUUUUUACAUGAGUAGAAUGUGUCCUUUUAUUUAAAAUGCAUCUCUGGGUUAUUUGUGGGGCAUAGGAAUUCGUUCAUAUAUAUUUUUCAAAAUGUAGUCCGGCCCCCCACAAGGUCUGAGGGACAGUGGGCCGGUCCCCUGCUGAAAAAGUUUGCUGACCCCUGGGAUAGACAGACCCUGGAGAGUUUUCUGUGUUUGAAAUUGUAUAAUCUCAUUUCUCUGCUCUUUCUGGUUUCUGGUCUCUCAAAAUACCUUGAGGAUUAAUCAGCCUUCAGAACUUGCCUGAGGAAUAGUAUCUGGUGGAUAUCAAGCAAACACGUUUACAAAAUGAAAUUCUAUCUUGCCAAGUGCUAGUAACUCAGCGUAGUCUUUGUUUUUGCCCUAAUCUGUGUGUAGGGCUUAGAUGUCACUACAGAUUGGAGUUUGUUGUUGGGUGUAGACUUUGUAAUCCAAUACAUGCAGUGUAUCAAGUGCUGCCUUCUGAACUGGAACACACCACCAUAGCUGUAUCAACAGUUCAUGGGAGGGAGGAUGCAUGAGCAUUGGACACAAGGUCCUUUUGCAAUGAGUAACAGUAUCACUUCCCACCUCUUGGUUCUCCAGUACACUAACUUUUGAUAAACAAUUUUAGGAUUGGGGGGGGGGGGGAGGUUCCAGAAUAGCCCUGCAGGAUGGUGCUCUUGAUAUAACAGAUCACCUGAAGGAGGGCAGGAGUUGUGCAUCACACUUCAGCAUGUAGCCAGAAUGGUAGACAAAGUCCUGUUCUAGAAUGUUAUGGGUGUUGACAGUUCUUUUGGCAGAGAGGCAGUUUGCUUUGAGAUAGCAUAGAAGCUUGUUGUCAGAACAAAGGUUAGUGCUGUCCGUUGGCUCUGUACUGGUGGUAGGAACGGAACAUAAUAACGGUGAAGUGAAACUUCAGGGACAACAAUAUUUUUGUGAGAGAAGUCAACUGCUAAGAGCCCAAAGUAUGUCCAGCCAAAAGAAUGUUUUUUAAUCAAGUUAGAGACGAGAUGUCUGGUAGAGAUCCUUUUCAGGCUGUCUAGAGGACCAUGCAACACCACGUCUGCAUCCUAGUACACUGGAGUUCCACACUACUGCCAAUUCUGUGAGCUGCUACUGGUUGUACAAGGUUGGUCAAGGUGAAGAUGCCGCUCUGACUCCGGUUCACCAUCUGUACUCACUGAGGGUGUGGGAUGGCUCUACAUGGCCUCUGUAGGGCCAGAAGCCUAUAGCCUUGGCCUCAAGAGGGGAAACCAGUUCCAGGUGGGCAUUGCACCAGGGCUGACAGUGCCACCACUCACAGCAAAGCUUCACGAGAGUAAGGCCUGGUACCUUACUAAGCAGCAGGUGAAGCCUGUCUGGCAGCUGGAACAGAAACAUGUGACCAAUUUUCAGGACCUCCAAUCGGUCAACUCAGGGAUUUCUUCCCAACGUCCCCGCCUCUUGUACCCAGAGUCGUUAUGUAGUGAGACAACGUUCCUGACUUCGCCUCCACCUCUGCCCCACACUCUCCCAAACUUCCUCGGAAGCACCUUGCUCUACCGACGUUCUUACUUCAGACACAAGCCUUAUCGGAGGCUUGAGUCCAUCUGCUUGCAGCCAACUUCUUUGGAGAAGAAACCUCUUUGUGCUCCGCUCCCUGCCUAUCGCUCUGUUCUCAACAACACCAUGACAUCCUCAGCCAUAGACCCAUUCUUUAUGCCGAAUACUGCUGCUGACUGUUCCAAUCCAGUGUCAAAGGGGUUCCCCCUAAGCUCAGGGAAGCAAAACUCCAAUUCAUACAGGCCAGUGCUAAACAAUAACUCUUUCCUUCGGCCAACUAGUGCAAAAGUGCCUUUGCAGCAGCAGCAGCAGCAGCAGCAGUACCACCAACCGCUGCCACCAGAAAAUAAGAAGCUAAAAGGUUUGUCAAGACCUCUUGCCUUGUCUUGGACCCACUCUGGUGGAAAUGGAGAUGGCUCUCCUGCGAACCUUGAAAGAAAGCUUGGGAAAAGCAGUGGCAUAACUCUUGAGCAACCCAGUGCCAAAUCUCCUCGCUCGGCCAUUCACAAUGGCGUGGUUCUCAAAGUGGAACGGCCCUCCUGGCGACUCGAAGAUGGUGAGAACAGGUCUCAGAACCUGAAAGAGCAAGAUGUGCGGUUGACGGAAGCUAUGCGGAAGCUGACUGCGAGUGGGUUCCGGAAGGUUAGCACCUACAACGAAUUUGGUCACCGCAUUGACAGCUCUUGCCUUAUGAAUGCAAACUUCCACUCCAGUCUUUUCAAUCGAUGGAAGCCACACAUAGUAGCACAGAUCACUCCAAAGGACGUACCAGCUGCCACCCCCGUAAAUCUGGAGCCUGGUAGCCGCCACCAGAGCCUUAUGGUCACAGAAGCUGCCGAUGUCUGCACUAAACGCAUCGAUGUUCGUUUCUUAGCCUCAAAUCCUGAACCUUCCAACCACUGCGCCUUGAGUCAGACUGCCAACCACACCUCUAUAAACGUUGGAGAACAAGUGAUGAAAACAGAGCUUUCCCCACGGACUGCAGUCUCUGAGGUAGAGACCAAAAUUUCCUCUCUUCAGUUAGGCACGGAUACAAAAUGGGGGAACCCUAUUACUGUGAAAGAGACCGAAGCUGCAGUCAACCUCCCCCUGCUGGACCAAGCAGAGGUGGAAGAUGUAGAGGAAGAGCUCCCAGACGGCUUGGAAGAUGCCUGCAGUCAGGAUGAAGAGGGAGAAGAGGAGGAUGGGGAAGGUGAAUCAGAUGGCUCCUCUUCAUCCGGAUUAUCCCCCAAUGGUUCUGUAGCUAUUAUAUCCAGGAAUUGCGUUGAGGGAUUGGUGCCUACACUCGAGGGCCAAGAACGAAUUCUCAAGCCAGCUCUUUCAUGCAGCCUGUUCCCCAAUGUGCCUCCCACCAUAUAUUUUGGUACUCGGGAUGAGAGAGUGGAGAAGCUCCCUUGGGAACAGAGGAAGAUGCUACGAUGGAAGAUGAGCACAGUGACUCCAAACAUUGUAAAGGCAACGAUCUCUAGGUCCCACUUCAAAAUCAGCAAGAGAAACAAUGACUGGCUGGGCUGCUGGGGCCAUCACAUGAAAUCUCCGGGGUUCAGAGUUAUCAGAGAACAUCAGAAGUUGAAUCAUUUCCCUGGCUCAUUCCAAAUUGGUCGGAAGGACCGUCUGUGGAGAAAUGUGUCCAAACUGCAGUUGCGCUUUGGGAAGAAGGAGUUCAACUUUCUGCCCCAGUCCUUCAUCCUUCCUCAGGAUAUCAAGCUGCUCAGAAAGGCUUGGGAAGAUUGUGGGAGCCGACAGAAAUGGAUUGUGAAGCCGCCAGCAUCAGCUAGAGGCAUCGGCAUUCAGGUCAUCCAUAAGUGGAGCCAGCUGCCCAAGCGCAGGCCACUGCUGGUGCAAAGGUACUUACAUAAACCCUACCUCAUUGGUGGAAGCAAGUUCGACUUGAGGAUUUAUGUUUACGUCACAUGCUAUGAUCCACUUCGGGUUUACUUGUUCAAAGAUGGACUUGUUCGUUUUGCCAGCUGCAAAUAUUCCCCCUCUGUGAAGAGCCUCAACAACAAGUACAUGCACUUGACUAAUUACAGUAUCAACAAGAAGAAUAUUGAAUACAGGGCUAAUACAGAUGAAACUGCAUGUCAGGGUCACAAGUGGGCACUGAAGGCACUUUGGAGUUAUUUGACCCAGAAAGGAAUUGACAGUGAAGCCAUCUGGGAGAAGAUAAAAGACAUUGUUGUCAAAACCAUCAUUGCAUCAGAGCCCUACAUAAUCAAUCUUGUGAAGAUGUAUGUGAGACGCCCUUACUGCUGCCAUGAGCUGUUCGGGUUUGAUAUCAUGCUGGAUGAGAACCUUAAGCCAUGGAUUUUGGAAGUCAAUAUUUCCCCCAGCCUUCAUUCAAACUCUCCUCUGGAUGUGAGCAUCAAGGGUCAAAUGGUCAGAGAUGCCCUUAAUUUGGCUGGUUUUCUGUUGCCAAGCACAGAUGAUAUGUCUUCACCCUCUGGAAGUGCCAGCAGCUCCACAACGAGCUUGAAUAGUGUCACAAAGGAGAAGAGUAAGUCAUCUCUGGAGCUGUACACUUCUGAGAAAACGAAAAGAGCUUUUUAUCUGACCUCAAAAGUGCCUGAUCAGGAGUUCUAUUCCACCAUCCUAGAUGUUCUAACACCAGAUGAUGUACGUGUCCUAGUAGAGACAGAGGAUGAAUUUGCUCGACGUGGACAGUUUGAGCGAGUUUUCCCUUCGCGCUUCUCCAUGCACUACCUACGUUUCUUUGAGCAGCCGCGAUACUUCAACAUCCUUACUACCCAGUGGGAGCUGAAAUAUUUUGUGAAUAAGGUCAAAGGGGUGGAUCUGCUCAGAAACUGGUGUCACAAAGGCUUUCAUAAUGGAGUGGUGACAGAAUCCACAGUGAUGUGGUCAAUUCCAAGAUCCCACCUCUAUUUGAAGAAUGAACUCCCUGUGAAUGGCUUGAGCAAGAUGGAAUUAGGCAGAACCAGCAAAACCCUUGUCCAGCGAGAUGGGGAGGAGCCAGUCCGAAGCUCUGAGCCAAACCCUUGCACUCAAAGCUUACCUCAGAUUAAAUACACAGCUGGAAAUCUCAAGAAACCCACAAUCCCUCGGACCCUCAGCAACUCAAGCCUAGUGAAGUGACGGGGGACUGAGUGAGUGGCCAACAUCCCCUUCCUUAUGGUGUCAGGAGGGGGCAUACGUGACCUACCUCAACAGAAGCUAGGAGAGCCAGCAUGGAAGGAUGGGGAGGACCUUUCGUCCGGCACGCCCACGUAGAACUAUUUUUUUGGAAAGGGAAUUGGGUCGAAGAGGAGAUGUUUAACUUGGUUAAAAGGGACAAAUGCUCUGUUUAUAGUUUUUUUAUGACAAAGGAAGUUGCUAAACACAGAAGCUUGGAAAGCCUAUUUAACUUUUAGUGUGAGUUUCUUAUAGUUUAUUGACCUUGCCAUGAUCGUCACCACUUGAGCCAUAAGUGCCUCUUGCUGUUAAGUGCCAACAUACUAGGUUUGGCCAGACACUGACAACCUCUAUGACCAUUUGUGAAAUGAGCUGCUACCAUGAGGCAAUUGCAUGUUUGCAAUUGACAUAAUAAUCCAUGCAUUCACAAUAUGACACAAAUUCCUUAUUAGCUGAACAGGUGGGAAAACAAACUUUAGAAUGGCUUAACACCAGUAAAUCAGGCAGAUUUUUUCAUAAACUCUCUGGUGCAUGGCCAUAAGAGAAAUAGGCUUAAACAGUGAGGGAGGUGAUGGGGAGUCCUUGAAUACUCUUAUUCUCUAGGUGCACACCCAUGUUUACUUAGUUCCUGGGUACAGAUUUCCUGAUGGACUUUAGUUAUGGAAGGUAUUUUCUACUUACUUUUUACUUUGGAGAAGCAGAUUUUGCAGUGUGCCGGUCCAAAACACAACUGUGUAGCUUAAGCACUGGUGGUGGUUUCUUAAGACAGGAGGAACAUCUCCUUUCGGUUCUAGCUUUGUGCUGGAACUUAGAAAAAGGUGUGCUAAGGUGGCUGCUACUUGUUCCUCUCUGGUUUAGGACCGGGUGGUUAUCUGUGUUAAUCCUCCUAGCAUUCAUACACACCCUAGAACACGUUCCAGUUCUUUACCCCUAAAGAAGACUUGACUAUAAUUUAGCCCCAGUGGUGCUUGGCUGUAUAAUUCUUGCUUUAAGUACUGCAGCCUCAGUCAGUGUUAUUUCUGAUCAGUCAGUGCCUUCUUCUCCCUGCUGCUGGAGAAUUCUGCCUUUUCUGCACGUGUUAUACUUUACUCCUAAUCUGAAUCUGGUACUGGAUCCCAGCUUUGGGUACACUUUUCAGUUGUGUGCGUAUGUCCGGAAUGUGUUAGUAAACUUGCACUUUCAGCCAGCAAAGGCUGUUUGCUGUCCUGAUGCCUGGGCACUGAUAGAUGCAUCUGUUGCUCUACUUGACUCCUGAUACCUUGACACUUAGGAGCAUUUCCCAUCUGUACUCAGACACCAUGUGCAGGAAGCUGCUAAAUUCUGAGCCUUGAGGGUGAACUCAACAACUUUGGCUGCAAGACAUCUUUCUGUUUAAUGAAGGAUAGGAGUCCUUUUGUCUCAUUACACACACACACACUCUCUCUCUCUCUCCAGAUGCUAUGGACAGCAUGAGGUAUGUCCCCUGAUGCAUCACUGUGAAGUCUUCUAUUUUUUCCAUGUAGCCAUAAUGAUAUUCCAAAUGCCUGUAUUUCUCACUAUGGUGGUGAGAUGUGUUUAGGUGGUUACUUGUGAUAAAAAUGGCCAGAAAAAGGAAGGCAUCAUUCAUACAGUGCAGCUCACCAAAUAGAUUGCUUCUCCAUUGGUCAGGGCAGUAUUUAUGAAUCACACACAGUCCUGGAAAUCUGGAUACAACUGGAUACAGCUGCUAUAAUCUAGAAUAUAGAUGCAGUGUGCAUUUAUUGUUAAAGCGGUUUAAGUCAUUGCAGAGGGGUGUGAGAUUCCCUGGAGUACAUAACAACAAAGUAACAGCGCACCUCUUUCUUAGGACAUCUGUCAUUUGCCAAUCCUAAGUAACCUCAGCGGCUAAGCUCUUAAGAGCAGAAAAGCUGGGAAACAGAGGGUUGGAAGCCAAGCCAGGCACACUGGAUGUAGUUGUGCUUUCUCCUGGGGCCUUAGCAGUAGAAGCAGCAGCUCUCUUUGCAUCAUGCCAGGGAAUGAGUUGCUAGAAAUCAUUUCAGAAUUUGCCUUGCAGUGACUUACCUUGUGUUUCUGUCUUACUUCACUGGCUGUAUUAACACAGGUAUCUAUCUUGGUGAGACCUUUAUGACACGAUCCCCAGAAUUAAAGCUUCUUUUCCCCUUGGCUUGUUAUUUCCACCCCCUUCAGAUUCAUCAUAACUUCUCUCCAGCUUGGCUCUUCUCUUAGCCAGCUUGGCUGUCGCUGAGGUUGGGAAGAUAGAAGUGGAGACGGCUUGCUUCUUCCAAGUUCAUACUCUAUAUGUUCCUGGCUACUAGCUUCAUCAGUUGACAGUUACCAACCUUCCCUGCAAAACAUUGUAAACAGAGGGGAAGGGUGUGUUGCACUAAUCUCUAUUGUGGGAGAGCCUUUUCUCCAAAAAGCCAACAGAAACAGUCUAAUCCUUUAGGAGACUUGAGUGUUGAAUUUUUGUUUUAAUUUCUUAUGCCCUUUUUGCAAGCCAAGUCGGGCAGGUGCUGAGAUCUUGGUGAGGCUGUGCAUUAACAAAAGGAGGGCAAGCCAAUUUCUAGUAAGGUAAUAAAACAAGGGUGCAGGGAGAGUUGGCUUCCUACUGCUAACAUCCUCAGUAUAUGUUCAGUUUUAACUUGGUUAAAUCCUCUCUCCCUGUUUGCCUGGUACACGAAAAUGAAGGGUUGCCUUUUGAAUUCUCUUUUAGGAACCAGCCUAUGUGUCCUAGCCCUGCAACAGGUUUUAUUUCACUGUCCCCUACUGAAAACUGAGUGUCAUGUCCCUUCUUUGGGCUCUGUAGGAGGCUGGUGCCUAAUGUGUCCCUCUCAAAUCUCAUAGCGACAAUCUUCUGUGAACUAGCCUGACUCCUAGGAUUGUAUUGAAUGACCUAAAAGAGCUAGCUGUGUAGAAGUGUGAAAGUGGAGAGGCCUCUUCGAGUGUCCUAAAGAAUUCUCCCAGCUGGCCGUCUCCCUGAGCCGCCUUAUACUCUUGCCACCACCACCCACCCUUCCUAACUUGAGUAAUUACGAGCAAACAGGUGUUCAGCACUGCUCCAAUGUGGUCUACACAGCUAUCUCUGUUUCCUGGUAUUAACAGGCAUUGCUGAUUCUCUCCUUCCCCCGUGCCCCAUCAGUAUUUGAACCUUAGGUGGGUACUACUCUGCACAAAAUGUCAUGGAUCGCUCAAUGUAAAUUGGUGGAACUCAAGACAUCUAGGAAAAAGUCACUGCAUUUCUGGACAAAUUCCACCCUUCAGCUCAGUGGUAGAACAUAUGCAAAUGCUUUCCAUGCACAAAAUCCCAGGUUCCCAAAUAAGGUGAAAAGACUCAUGGGUGAAACCUUGGAGAACCUCUGCCAACAGUGCUGAGGUAGAUGGACCAAUGGUCUGACUCAGUAUAAGGUAACUUCCUAUGUAGUGCUUUGUAAUGAACUUAUUUCCUUGUCCUGGUGGUUUUCUUUUCCCCUAAAGCAAACCAUUGCAGUAAAUAGAAGCCUCGUUUGUUGGUUUUAUCUUGCUAAGGUGGAUCCUCCAAGCAGUGUGCUAUAGAGCUUGAUACUGAGAGGAACAAAAUGAUGUGCUAUGAUUGUGAGGAGCCACCCUAUGCAGAAGGGUAUAGAAUUCUGCCCAAGUGUUUCAGGAAUGGAAGAAGACUGCUCUGGGAUAGAGAAGCCAUCCCAGCACCUUCCACAUUUCGGGAUUUGAAGCUCGAGUAGCUGCUGUCUCAACUUGUUUAACACAACUAUCUUCUUCAGAUGGAUUUAUUCUGCUCAGAGUGAAAUGUCAGUGGUCAAUGUAUUGCUGCAUGGAGGGCACUAGUGGUGGUUUGGGUCUUCUGAAGUGUGCAUCGGAGAGAUCCAGAGGAGGGUAAACAUAUAUUUUUCAAAAGGAUGUCAUGAGUCCAGUUUAACUCACACUGCUAAAUUAAAAGAUUUUUUUUUUUAAAAAAAAAAAGCAUAAUAAAGGAUUCAAGUGCAAGUAUGUGGUCAUGACUGUUGUGAUAUAAUUUGGGUGGCAGUAAAGGUAAUGUUGGUGCUUUAGGGAUUUUUGAGUCUAGGUGAGCCCUGCUCCUCCUCUAAGCUGCCACUAAGCAGGUUUGCUUAUCUAAGAAAUACCGUACAAGCAAAUUUUCUCCAGGUUGGUAAGCCAUGUGAGAUUCUGCUGUCAACACCAAAUUCUUGAGAGAGGAAUAGGAGAACAAACAUCAACCUCUGUAGAGUGAUUGCCUCACUUCACCUAAAUUUCUCAUACAAGGCCCAAUUAUAGUGAAUCUAAUAAACUGACUGAGGUUUUAAAAAAGUGGGAGGAAAGUGUGGAGCAAAUACACGGCUAGAUAAACUUCCUAGAAUUUCUGGCCCAUUUUGCAUAUAACUUUAAGCCAAGCUAUGGCUUAACACAAAUGAGCAAAUGGGCAGGUUCCUGGAGAGAAGAUUGUGGCUUUUCCCCUGCUCCUCUGCUGCUGCACUGAUUAGAGCUAACCUACAGUUUGGCUUAGUGAUGCAUCCAAAUCACAGCUUGUGGUUUAUCUUGCUCCAUACAGACCAUGAGCUCUUGGCAAUGUUUGUUCUGUGGCUUACCACUCAUGGUUUGUCUGGAGUGAGAGGAGACAAGCCCAGACUCAGAAGUAACACUAAGCCAAACUCUGGCUUAGCUCACAGCAACUUGGCUGCAGCAGGAGCUAUGGAGGAGUGCUAUUCCAUAGUUUGACUUAGCAUGGCAUGAAAACUGGGUCUGUCAUAAAUCAUAGCUUUUUUGAUCUGCAAGCAAGGAAAACUGGUUUGGUUUUUUUGCUCAGCAUGGGAGGUAGGAAUAGUGUGUACUAUUCCAGGCAGAUAUGCAGUUGUAAUAUAUCUGAUUUGCUUAAGCUGCCAUAAUGUCAUGUGGGCAAAUCUAAUUAAUCUUCUAUUGCACAGCAAAAAACCACCACCUUGCAGUCUUUCAGAGAUAUCCAAACAGAAUCUAUAAUUCACAUAAAACUAUCCUGUCAAUUAGAUUCCUAAUCUCCAGGAUUUGUGGCCACACUUCCUUUAAAACAGCUACUUUAUGUUACAGACUCAGCAGUAGAUAAGUUUAAACAAGCCAGUUUAAACAAUAAGUUUAAAUCCAAGAGAUAGUUUACUGGCAUAUCUGGAUAAUUAUGUGAGAUUUUAGAAUAAUGUGAGGUUUGAGAAAUCUGACAGCUCUCCAGUUUCUUGCUGCUUAAUAUUAAGCAGUUUCUUGCUGCUUAAUAUGUCCAGCUAAGUUUCAAAAAUGGCCCUUGCUUUCAAUAAACCUUGAUUUCAUAUGAGCACUUUAGCAAAGCCACCGUUAUUCGGUAUAUUGUUGAAGUACAGCAAUCCAUAACUAUCUUCCUAUGGUCACCAUACCUCUUAUGCAGAGUUUGUGUAGAAGCAGCAUAUGCAUUCCAAUCUUAAGUAUCAUAGCUAUACUCUUAUGGUUUGCUUUCUGUUUUGCUGCCACCCUAUAAAACAAUGAGAAAUUGCUUUGGUUUCAAAGAGUAGAGCAGCAUUAAUCAAGUCCUCCAGCUCCUUUAUACAGUUUCUUGAAAUAUGAGUAAUUGCUUUUGAGGUGGGCACCUUGAGGCAAGCAAGUUGGUUUAGAGGCCUAGAACAUAUCUAGCAAUUCUUCAAGACCGGCCACUCUCCGGUAAGUGAGUAUAAUAUAAACUAAAGGUCUGUAAGUAAUUUUUGCUGUUUGAUGGCCACUAACCGAUAUACACACUUUCCUAAGAACUACAGUGGAUGUGUGCCAACCAGAGUUUUCUUUAGGCCAGUGUGGUGUAGUGGUUAAGAGCGGUAGACUCUUAAUCUGGGGAACCGGGUUCGCGUCUCCGCUCCUCCACAUACAACUGCUGGGUGACCUUGGGCUAGUCACACUUCUCUGAAGUUUCUGAGCCCCACUCACCUCACAGAGUGUUUGUUGUGGGGGAGGAGGGGAAAGGAGACUGUUAGCCGCUUUGAGACUCCUUUGGGUAGUGAUAAAGCAGGAUAUCCAAUCCAAACUCUUCUUUCUUUAGUAACCAAAGGGCCCUUGGUGCAACCUGAAAUCUGUUUUGGCAACCAACAAAGUCUUCUCCACCAUGCAAAUCAUCUGCCACCAAGCCUGUAUUUUUGGUGUGUAUGCUGAUCUCCCACAAUGCCUUUUUUUUAAAAAAAAAAAAAGUUACUUUUUUCUGAAGAAAAAGCUGCUCAACACACUGCCUGGUGUUAUUUUUCCACAUAGGGCAAAAUUUACCCAUUUUAAAGUGGAUAUUGCAUUUUGUUGCAUCUUUUCUUGGUCACAAUAAAGGUAUUACCCUACUGUUAGUUUAAUUUUUUUUGCUAGAGCACACACAGUUGCUAUUGGGCUGCAAAGGAAAAGCAGUCUCCUCCACACUGCUUGCUUUGCAAAGUGUAAUGUUUUUAAUUUUUAUAUUUAUGUUUUCCCUUUUGGAGCAAAGGUUCCCCCUGCUAGGUUGAGAAAAUGAUCUUGAUAGGAACAGGUUAUCUAUCCCCUGAAGUGUUGGGAGUUUUGACCAACCACAGCUGGCUUUCUGGUGGCAGUGGGCACCCGUAACCAAUUCCUUUCUUGCCAAGAGCCAGUAAGGCCUCUGUUGCUGAGUUCAGGCUACAAGUAGUGGGGAUAAACUGAGAGGGGAGGGGACAGCCACUUUCUCUUUUUGGGAGCCUGACUCAUUCUCCAGGAAUUCUCCACAGUGGGGAAGAGAGGCCAAUCCCAACUGGGUUAUGUUUAGUAUGUGUAGAUGGGGAGGUGAAGACAGCAAGCACUUGCAUCAAGAUCAAGGCUCUGAGGCAGGACCAGAACUGCCUGUAAAGAUAAAAAAGGUGCCUGGUAAUAGCUAGCCCAUGGGUAGGCAACCGAAGGCCCAGGGGCCGGGUCUGGACCAAUCGCCUUCUCAUUCCAGCCCACAGAUUGUCCAGGAAUCUGCGUGUUUUUAUAUGAGUAGAAUGUGCCCUUUUAUUUAAAAUGCAUCUCUGGGUUAUUUGUGGGGCCUGCCUGGUGUUUAUACAUGAGUAGAAUGUGUGCUUUAUUAAAAAUGCAUCUGGGUUAUUUGUGGGGCAUAGGAAUUCAUUCAUUCAUUCAUUUUUUCCAAAAUAUAGUCCAGCCCCCCACAAGGUCUGAGAGACAGUGGACCGGUCCCCUGCUGAAAAAGUUUGCUGACCGCUGCUAGCCACAAGCAACAGGGUCUAGAAUUAUCUUGUAAUGGUGCCAUUCUAGACUAGCAUUUUCUAGGAUGCCAACUGAAAUUGUAAUUGCAUGCACACUUUUACAUUUUCUCCUCCCAUUUCAGGUAACAUGCCUAUCAAGCACUACUGAAUCACAAGCUGCUUUGCUUCAGGAGGGGAGCUUUGCUUCAUGAGGGUCGCAAAGCAACUGCAGUACACUCCAUUUCACUGUAUCUGAAGAACUGCAGUACACUCCAUUUCACUGUAUCUGAAGAAGUGUGCAUGCACACGAAAGCUCAUACCAAAAUAAAAACUUAGUUGGUCUUUAAGGUGCUACUGAAGGAAUUUUUUUAUUUUACUUCGAUCCAGACCAACACGGCUACCUACCUGUAAUCAGAUAAAUGAGUUGGCUAGGUGAACAUCCAGGAAAAAAGUGGCCUAUUUUAAAAGUGUUAUCAUGGCCCAAACACUUUUGGAAAUAUGAGCUCCUUUUCUCCAGAUGCUUUGGUAAAGACAAACUAGCAUUUUAAAAAAUAACACUGGGAAUAUUAUGUUGCUGCUGGAACAUAGGAAGGGGAUGAGUUUGUUGGUAAAAGGAUAUGAGGGACUGGUGGGGAAAAGGCUGGAAGAUUCAACCAUUAAAAUUACAAUUUGCAUCUUAUAUCCUGGAUACAGUAUUACAAUAGCUGGUGUUUUUUUUAAAUGCAACAGUUGGAAGUUGCAUAGCUUUCCAAUCAGCACUCCUUGCGGGUGGGGGCGACUUCGCCAGUUGAAUGUCUGCCUACCUCUCAGCUUUUAAAGGCAUAGGGGCCUUUUGAAAGAAAGCAGCCCACUGCAAGCGGGAACAGCCUCUGCCCUGGGGAGCCAGGUUAUAGUGUCCCCAUUGCACCAGGGACUGUACCUCUACAACGGCUCCUCUUGGCCUCGGCCGAUCACUGGCGUUUCACCCCUUUGCUUCUUCCUCCCGGGAGGGGCUCCCCCCCCCCAAAUAGCCUCCAUCAUCUCUCCUCACCCCACCUCCCACCCCGCGAGACCAUGUCCCACCGCGCACAGGCUUCUUCUGUGCCCCGACUUCCUCCCUUCGCACAUUCCGCGAUUUAUUUACAGCCGGAGCCGAGUCGCUCUCUCUCUCCCCCCGCCCUCCAGCGUAUACAGGGCAAACAGGAGGCUUUGCCCGAAGCUUCCCGAGCAAGAGGCCGCGUCCCCCGGCAGCGGAGCCCGCUUUCUUCGCUGCAUCACUCGCCCGAGCAACCCUCGGCGCCUGGGAGAGCUCCGCUCUCAGCAUGCCCUGCUCCUCCUCCACAUUCUCGGGAAGGGCGCGCGCGCUGCCCUGAGUCCCCCGGCGGCGGGAAGGCCCUUCUUCGCACAGCGCGGCAGCAGGCGGUGGCCCCUCCUGGCGCCGCGCGCACCCGGGUGUUGCUGCCAGGCCCGCCGCCUUCCUGACACGGACUGGCUCCCCGGCCAGGCGCUCGAAAAUAGCAGCUGCCUCGGCAUGGAGCGGGCGGCGGCGGCGGCACCAGCCUUGGAGCAGGCAGCACCACUGAGCAAUGGCCUCCAGCCUCAGGAAGCAGGUGGGUAGUGCACUGGUUUUGCCUGCUGGUGGUGGAGUGACCACAUUCAAGUACAGCACUGCCUGCCAGCCAGACUGACUCAUGACAUGUGUUGCAGGGAACAGUUUUGUGUGUUAAUUGCCUGCUUUGAGUUAAUUGCCUGCUUCUAAACCUGCUAAUUCAUAACAUGAUUGUGUGUACUAAAUUUGGGAUGUUAUACAUCACUUUUUGAGCCAUGCUGCGAGCCACCCAAACCACAGCCUCCCCUAUCAUUCUAGCCUUGGAAAAUCUCAGUUAUACCCAGAUUUCACUUUUUGCUUUCCUGUUUAAGGAUGGUUCCAGUUCUGCUAGUACCUGUGAAACCCAUCCUAAUGCCAUCUUACAAAAUUGAAUUAUGUGAGGCCUGAGUUCAAAAUCUGGGCUCAUACUUAGAUUCCUUGGAUAAGCCCAGUAUUGUCCAUCCUCCAUUUUCUAUCUGCCAGGUGGGAAUAAUGGUGACCUACCUCACAGGGUUGUUGUGAGGGCACUCAAUAAAGAUAAUGAAGCUAUUCAACUGCCACAGAAAUGUGUGAAUAAAUAUACAGCCCCCUCC